AUGGCAGAAGCUCUCACUACCGUUGGGAUACCUAUUCCCGAACGGACAUUGAGAGACACUGCAAGAAAUAUACACAAUAUAUUGCCCAAAUUCGAAGAAUUGGAGCAAAGCCUUGGCGAGAAGAAAUUAUAUAGUGUCGUUGGUCCUCUGCUAGACACGGCUGAGAUUGCAGAUCUAUCGUCUCCUCACCGUGCUGCUUCCAGUAAUGCACUGUGUGCGUUCAUAGAAACUUGCCAGGCUUCUCGUGCAACCUAUGUCCAGCAUGCUUUACUGUCCGACUCAAUUUGGUUUCGUCUCCUCGAAAUCUUCUUGCAGAGGUCAGAUAAUGCGAAAGGAAAGUCUAUGAGGCAUAUGCUUCUUGCACUUACUAGUGUGUUGCAGAAAAAUGAAGACACUGAAUCAAGUCAACUACUCCGCGAUCGUGCCAUACAAACUUUCCUGGACAUCAUAUGUCUACGCCAUGAUCGUGUCAAGGUCAAACCAGCUCUACAAGGACUAUCGCAUUUUCUUUCGAAAGAUGUAGUCACCCUUGAAAGGCUUAAUCAUCUGUAUGGCCGUCUUGCGGAGGAGGCACCUGGCAAAACGUCGUCAUCUACCCAAUCUCUCCUGCGGAAACUCCUCACAUGGACCGUUCAUCAUGACACGGCCUUGUCAGCAGGCCACUUGAUAAGGAAUUUUCUCAUCCAUGUGCGAAAGAGUUCUUCAGAUACCGAAUCUACUACUCCAGAAGGCUCGGUCCGCCCAUUGUGGAUACAGCCCGUCGUAGAGAUGCUACGUCAAUGGCCAGAUAGGAUGCAAGAAUUCAAGACCCAUGUCUUUCCACAUUGUUUUCUUCCAUAUGUUGACGAGUAUGCGCGAUUCCUAUCUUAUCUUCACUUCAAGGACCACCUUGGGGUAAAUGAAGACUUGCCGGAUUCACUUGAGUUGUACGCGUCACAUGAGACCGGUCUGGAAGGCGCAGAAGAAUUCAAAAUUUUAUUGGCCACCAUUCAGACGGGUAAAGAACUAGGGAUUGUGAAGGAUAUAGAUUUCCGCCACUGCGCAGCUAUCGAGUUGCACGCUGAUGCUAUCCAUAUACCUGAUAAUCUAUUUGCUGUGUGGCUGUCUAAUCCAGAGCCCGAAAUUCGCCUUGCUGGAUUGUUCAUCUCCGUCUACUCCACCGCAGUUACUAGACCACUUACAGCCGGAAUACUCACGUCUAUCAAACGGAACAUCGUGCAUCUACAUACUGAUACUGAUGCAAAUUUCCGCAAGGAGCUGUUGACUCACACACAGCGUUUGUUUGACAGAUUGCGAGGGAGCACGACUGCUCUGUCGAAGCUGGAACCUACUGGGACGAUAAAAGAUGCUAGCGGCAGAAUUAUGAUCGGUCCGCAACGGCGAUCUUCAACACCAGGGCAGACUACAACUCAUCAAGAUUUAUUGCGGGAAUCCAUGGACUUUAUCUCAUGGUACUUGAGAUUUCUUGACUGGGAGCUAAGGUCUACUGCUUCGUAUCAAAGACGGAUCACUGCGUUGAGAUGUCUGACUAUCGUUCUUCGUUCGGGACUGGAUCCACAGGUACCGCAGCGCCAUCUUUCAAAGACUGCCCAGGGUCAGCUACGUUGGGUAUACGGCCACCAUAUCAUCAAUACGAGACUGGUUAGGUCUAUGCUUGAUUUGAUUUUCGACCCAUUCGAUGACAUCCGCAGUACAGCGGUCGCGGCUUUGGAUAUUUGCUUUGAUUGUUUGUCCACGGAAGCUAAAGUUCCCGUCUUGCAAUCAUUCUCAUCUUUACUUCGCCGUGCAAAGGAUACAAUGCUUCGCACCGGACGUGCCGACCAGGCCGAUGGUCUAGCACGAGCAUAUGCACUGUUGUUCUCACAUUGUUCGGAGGAAGUUCCUCUGGGCUUGGAUCCCAAAGUUGGCACAUGGACUAAAUCAGCGAUUGUCGAUAGUUUGAUUACUCACCUGGAGAGCACUAUUGAACUCGCACAACAAGAUUUAUCUAAAGCAGUAAAUGGACAUCCGGUCCAUGGUAUAUUUGCUUCUCUCAGAUACAUUAUUGACCAGGAAACAUUCUAUGCUGAAGUGUCCUCGUCACCAAUAGAAGUGAAGCAGUUUUGGAAGCAAUCACAUGCACGCAUCCGUCGGUGUAUCGAAUCAUUGUGGGCCUGUGUAGAACACGUGCUUUGCGCAGAUGCACCAGAAGGCCACGUUCCGGAUGACUUUGACGAAGCCGAGAGUCUUGAUACUAAGGAAAUUCUCAGCUAUUCAUGGAGAGGGCUAAAGGAAGCAAGUGUUCUACUCCGAACGAUCGUAUCACGGGCACCCAUAGGAUCUGACGCGUCCGAUAUCUUGACGGUGGAGGAAUUUGAAAAACUCGGUAAAUCCUGCUUCACUCAGCUCGUGGAACUUCGACAUCGGGGUGCGUUUUCUACGGUUGCGCAAACCUUUGCCGCAUUUUGUCGUAGAUGCGCCUCUUCAGACGACCAGACACUGCGAGCAUUGCCACUACGAUGGUAUCAGGAAGCGCUGUCUUCGAUUCAAGACAAGGCAACAUCGAUUACUCGGAGAUCUGCUGGAAUACCCUCCCUUAUUACAGGCAUAGUUGCUUCUGAGUCACCACCAGACCCUCUCUUCCGCCGUGCAAUGGAUGACUUGGUUAAGGAGUUAUCCCAGGAGGCCCAUGAUUCCAACAUUGAAGAGAGUCGUCUCCCGCAGGUUCACGCUUUGAAUAGUAUCAAAGAAAUUUACACAACCUCAAAGUUAAGCUCCGUGUCCGAGUCAUAUAUCGGCGAAGGCCUGGACAUAGCAGCCAGGACACUGAGUUCAAAUGUUUGGCCCAUAAGAAACUGUGGGUUAAUGCUGUUCAAGGCAUUGAUUGAAAGACUGUUGGGAAGUGACGAGGCACAAGACUGGAAAGAAGCAGACCGAGCAAGAUCAUCACGAUUCUCAUACAACAAUUACCCAACUCUAGUGGGUAUCCUCAUUGGCCUACUUGAUCCAAAUGGGCCUCUUAAGAAGUCGAUGACCACUGCGGAAGGUGGUUCGCCGAUGGACCUUCACGGCGCCGAAGGUGUAUUCCCAGCUCUUCAGAUAUUGCGACAAGCACCGCCGCCUGAAGAAAGCAGACAGCUAAUCACGCAAUCUGUAUUCCACCUGCUGGGAAGUCCACACUGGCACCUUCGCGACAUGGCUGCCCGGACUAUUGUGUCUUUGAAGUAUCCCCAUGAAUACAUCGACACGGUCGUAACACUUCUCUCUUCCAUUAAGAUAUCGAAGACAUCGCAUAAUGCGCAACACGGAAUUUUAUCAUGUGUAAAAUACCUCUUACGCAAGUAUCUUCAGGAUGAUAGAAUCCUUAGUUCGGAAUUAUUGUCGGAAGCCAUGUCUGCUCUUUUAGAUGCAUCCAAUACCAUAAUUGAGGAGAGCACUUGUCCGUUUACCAAAGCAGCCUUCGCAGACCUUGUUGUCAUAUCCGGGUUACUACUACUCCCGGGUCAGCCACGCUCUACUAAAGCAUUGGAAGCUUGGUCUAGGCUCUACGAGAUCCUUAUAGGCCAACAACUCAAGCUGAAGAAGGCUGUUGCUGCCAGCUCACUUUUCCGAACAGCUGCCAUUCAAGCAUUACUGAUCCAUCACAUCCUCCUGUACGCUGGGAAAGAGAAAACCCUGAUACUUCCGGAGCAUAAGACCGGUUUCAGAGACUGCUUGAUAGUGGAGUCUCAAAAAGAUCCAGACUCGUGUAGUCUCUUGUUGGAUUCGUUCCCACUCAUCAUCCGUCUGGCAAAUACCUCAGCACUAUCCAGAGCUGUUCCCGACUUAUUUGGACACAUACUCUGGCUUACAGUUCACGUAAAGGAUCCUGAAGUUCAAGCCAAGGCCCAAGAGCUUGUAGCAGAUGCUUUCUCCAGAGAUUGGAACCUACGGGACAAAGUGCUCAAGGACUUCCAGGUCGAAGACCUAUCACAAGUACUCGACAAUCUCGAGCAACAAAGCCUGGAAGGGUCGCCAUCCAAUAUGCAGAGCGCGUUGCAUUUGUAUGGAUUUCUGCUUGACUUUGCAUUCAACAAGAGCCUCGCGACAGAACAUCUUCAUCGACUUCCGAACUAUAUCCGCGUGCUCCGAAUGACCAUAAUCGACACAAAUCCAUUUGAUACCCGCUUCGCUGCUGUGCAGUCUUUGGCUGCACUUGAUCAUGUUUGGUCAAUGUCAAUCGAGCUGCUAGAUUCAGACUUGUACCGCGCGUCUAUACUAGGUCUCAGUCUCGUACUAUACGACCUCCUCAAUGAUGACGACGAUGAAGUACGCGAUGUUGCGGCUCUCACAACUUCUCGUCUACUAGCGUCUCGGGGCCUUCAAAGGCAUGCUCAACCAGCAGUGCCCAUCAUUGCCGCGCAACGCCUAGCCACGUUCCUCUCUUCAUCAUACGCAGGAUCUAACAUACUAUGUAAAGAGGGUCUACGACGAUUGACAAACUCUCCUUCCUCUGGUCAUUUGUUCAAGGUUGCCUUCACUGAUAUUCUCACCGACGAAAGGAAGGAAGAUGAUGCCCUUUUCGCACAAGAGAAACAGAACCUUUUCAAGGACGAUACUGCAGAGGUCGCAACAUGGACACGUGUUCUGAAGUCUCUGUCUUCUCCCGCAACGGCUUCACUUGUGGUGAAGCUGAGACUGUGGGUAGUCAACGCGUUGCACGUCCUAGAAGAAACCGCAAAUGGUGAAGUAGACGGAGCAUUGGGAUGGUUGAGCAAACCUGAGGUAUUUGUCUUGGUUCUCAGAGUCAUCUGUGCGGCUGAGGUGGCAUUGAAGUGGGAUCGAUUUGGUGGAACAGAUAUUCGCAAGUCACUGAAUAGUUUCCUUGAAACGGCUCACAAGAGUGACGUUCAUGGACUAUUGAUCGAUAGAGCGGAGAAGGUUUUGGAAGGAGAUGUCGUAGACCUGAUCAGACGAGUGCAUAAAGGUCUGUCGUCAAUUUGAUCAACUUAUAUCAAUUUAAUUUGUGUCUUUGACGUCUAGACGCAGCGCUCGCGUGCUCUUUGAGACCUGAUUUCAAGUGAACUUGACUUACUUGGAGCGAUUCAUCUUGGC